AAGAAGAAGAGAGAGAACGGGAAGGAGAAAUAAAAGAAGAAAGGGACGGAGACAUGAGGAUGACUCCAGACUCUGAGGAGUCCAUCAGGUGCACCGUGUCCAGCUGCAGCUGUGUGUGUUUCAAACCAGGAGGUGUCCAACUCAGGUCAUGUGACUGCUGUGGACACGGCUGGGUGGCACACGCCUUGGAGAAGCUCCAUUUUCAGGCCCAGCAGCCCUCCAGUUGCUGCCCAGCAGAGGUGGCCCUUCCUGGGCUGGUGUUCGACCUGAGCUCCCUGGUCCUAUACGGAGCUCAGGCCGUUCCCGUUCGGAUAAAAAUCCUGCUGGACCGUCUCUACAGCGUCCUGACCCCUGAGCAGGUCAGUGACAUACUGCACACACUAGGCUGGAGUUUGGGGGAUUAUGUUAGAGGCUACAUGCUGCAGUUUCCCAGUGGGAAGGUGUUGGACCGCUGGUUGAUGGUGACCCCUGAAGAAGAACUGCUCAUCCUCAAACAGUUCUUUCGCUUCGGCGAGACACGCCCCAUAGUCGAGUUGAUGACGCUUCAGUGCCUGGCGGGCGACAAUUACCUCUCUGAUCCAGAGCUCAACCCGACCCCGAAGAGCUGCCGGUCAAACGCCGGCAUGUUCUUUGGACGGAACGGGGGAACAACUCCAGGAUCUCUGAGGAAAGCAAGAGGAGAUUCACAUUUAGAGGCCGGCGUCUGCCGUUUUAAGAGAGACGGUCCUGCUGACCACAACGACGCGGACCAUCAUUUUGAAAACUUCCCAGGUGGACAGUCCUUGCUUCUGCCUUUCCACUUUCCAAGCUCCGCCAUUCGUCAUUCGGUUCCUCCCACCAAGGAGCUUCCUCCUCCCAGUAAGAUAACCCAGUGCCUACGGAAGCCCACCGGGACCAAACUGGUCGAGAGAUAUAGGCAUGAAGGACAAAGAAGAGAUCAAGAAGCUGAUCAGAAAUCUGAUCGUUUAAAAAUCAAAGCAGACCCUGACAAGCCAAACCCAGCCCUGUCGACGUGGCAUCAGAACCACAAGCUUGACCUUGACCUUCACAGGAGCAUGGCCAACACCUCCUCACUCGCCCCCGCGUUAAACCCCUCACUUAUCCCUACUUCUUCCCCACAGCAUCCGUCUACUUCCUCCUCGCUGAAGAUUUCCCAGAAGUUCCAGGGCUCAUCUUCCUACUCUUUCAAUCCUUUCCCAUCCUCCUCCUGCUCCUUCCUCUGUCCUCUUCCUACCUCCUCCUCCUUCUCUUCCUCCCUUCAUCCUCUACCCUCUUCCCUCUGCUCCCUCCCUCCACCGGCAGGAGGUCGGAAGGGAAGGGUGUGUUGUGGCGUUUGUGGGAAAAGCUUCUAUGACAAAGGAACCCUGAAGAUCCACUACAAUGCUGUCCACUUAAAGAUCAAACAUUGUUGCACGGUAGCAGGCUGCACCAUGGUCUUCAGCUCGUUGCGUAGCCGAAACCGACACAGCGCCAACCCAAACCCACGACUACACACAGGUGCCAGCAGAGACGCACACACCACACAUAGAAACACACACUGUGAAACACAGAUCCACAAGGACAAACGUGCUUCUGAAAACAUGCACGACACUGAACCACGUGAGUUUAGGGAGAAAGAGAUCAGCAACACACUUUGGCGACAGGAGGAUGAUUCACCAGUGUGUGUACACUCCCUGAAAAAUGAGUUAAACGGCCAUGCAAACCCCCAACAUGGCUGCCGGGACAACACACCUGCUCAAGCCGACUCCCCUCCUCCGACUCUGAGCCAAGACGCCAACCAGAACUUCACCCUGAGUGACUCUACGUCCAGAUCGGACCCCCAGGCACUGCCGCCAACUCCACUCCUCCCAGCUUGCAGUACUUCUUCGCUGGGCUCACCUCCGUCCCUCGUCCCCCUAGUGAUUCCUGAAGUGGAGAGGACCGAAUCCCGCCGUCACCCUCUCAGGCUUCACGCCGACCGCCCCGCACCUGCACGCUUCCCGGGCCCAACCCCUGUCACCAUGGCAACGUGCAACAGUCAACCCAUGUCACGUGACUAUUGUGCCAUAGAAGGGAAACACGGAGAGGCGCUGACCAAUCAGCUGCAGUUGUGGUGGGAGUCAGGCGACCUCGCGCCAAAGAAGAAGUCCAGGAAGUCGAGCAUGCCGGUGAAAAUAGAAAGAGAGAAGGAAGAGGGGAUGAAUGAGGAAGAGGAGUGUCGAAGACCUUAACACGAGUUCAGACAGUGUCAGAUGUAUGUGCAGAUCACAGUACUGCAACAUGAGCGUCCGUCUGAUUAAAGAAACAAGCGUGCAGCUUGAACGUGUUCCGUCUCUGUUGAUAAACGCUGUUUUAUUUCCCAGCAUGCUGCUGUGUGCGGGGGGCGCCCCCAGUGUUUGCUGUCUGUUA